AUGCCAAACUCCGCUAUCCCCCGUCCGAGCAGGUCACGGCAGGACUCUUCAGCAGGUACCAGGAGGUGGCAGGAGGUACCAGGAGCAGAAGAGGACAAGGCGCUCCCCCCAGCCUUCCCCAUCCAUUCGCUGGCGCGCGACGGCGCGAUGGUGACUAACCACCUCGAUGCGAUCCCUGUGCACCACCCUGGCGAUGCCGGUUCAACCCGCGACAGGCUAGAGGUGUUUGUUGUGGCCACCCGAAACUUCGCCCCAGACACCAGCGUAAACACCACCAGACAUUAUCAUCUUACAUUCGAGCGCCAGCCUAAAGACACCACCCGCCUCGGCGCCCAGAGCAAGCUCAGCAUGGACGUGAUCCAGAGUCGUCCCCUCCCCCCUCUUCCCGCUAGCCCGCCACACGAACCCCGCUUCAGCGACUUGAGCCUCGACUCAAUAUCGCUGCCGCGCGAACCGCUCUUCCUCGACCUCGUCCGUCUCGCGAACACGCGCUCUCCCGAAAUGCCCUCCAGCACAGAGGACAUGUCGACUGACAUGUCGACCGAGUUCUCAGCCUCGGACAUUGUCUACGAUAUCAACCUCCCGGGUAUCCAAUGCGCGUGCGUUGAGGUCCUCGAGCGACUAAAGAAGUCGCCUCGGGGCCUGCAGCGCGCCGCGGAGGAGCAACAGCUGGCGAGCGCAAUCCACGACCUGCUUGAGGCUUCAUACGAGCUUGAGACGUUCCAUCCCUCGUCGGCGAUCUCCUCCCCCGUCACGCCUCCCGACGACCCCACUCAGGUCACCUCGCCGUACCUCCGCCUGAUCCACAUUCUUGAGGCCGUCCAACGUGCCGCCGCCCAGCGCCCGCCGAGAGCGGACCCGACGGCGUCAGAGGUCGAUCUCCUCCACCCCGCUGUGCACGCCGUGCGCGAAGACCUCGCCUGGGCCCGGGUUGAGUCGCUCAGCCACGCGGUCGUGCAGCUUGUCCAGCGCCGCCGGGAAUCGCCGAGGGCCUCCCGCGCCGACACGUCCAGAGCCCUGCCCGCACGGUCCCCGCCACCAGUGUCGCCCCUGCCUGCCCCGCCUUCUCCUGGGACUCCUCCCUGCCGGCGUGUUGUUUCUGGCGCUUCUGCUGCGUCGGCUGCCUCCGCCACCUCCUCCACAGCUUCCACCUCCGGCUCGCGUCCCCAGUUCCCCUCGCCGUAUCAGCACGGCAUGCACCGGGACACGAGCAAGUCGUCGUACACCUCCAGCGUCUCGACCCUCGUCAGGGAGGCUGCCGCGAGCAAAUCCUCCCUGGCUUCUGUCCAGUCCCUCCAGUCACAGCAAUCCCUGGGCGCCACCGAGACCCAGGGGCUCGUGCGGAGCGCCGACUCCGACACGGUGGCGUCCGUCAUCGAGCGCCUCCACCGCAUCGCACCCCACCUCGAGGGGCAGUGGCAGCGCACAAUGGACAUGCAGGAGCUUGACGACAUCAUCAACAGGGUCGACCGCCUCGACAUUGGCCAGAAAGCCGACUGGACCAUCAGGCGUCAGGAGAAGCGCCGCCAGGUCCUCAAGGACGCGCUGCAGCAGACGAGCGCACAGCUCGAGCGCGGCCUGUCCGACUGCCCGAACGACAACAUUGCGCGGGCGAAUGAGCUGCGUGAGCGCGACGCGUUCCUCCGCGGAUUGAUCGAACUCUCCAAGGUCCGCACGAAUUCUACCACCGCCAACUCGCCCGCUGCAUCCUCCGUCUCGCUCGUUUCUGAGGAGCAGCAGCGCCGACCACCCCGCAACUCUUCCCAGCCCCCGCGCAAAAGCAGGCACUCGCCGCAGGCAUCCAUCGACCAGGUCAUCUCGAGCAGCUCGUGCCAGUCCUCGCCGAUUCCGCCUUUCACCCCGCGCCUGACUUCUCGCUCCCUGCCUUCGUCGCGGGACAACAGGAAGUCCGUCCAGAGCAUCGCUCCCCGGAGACGGCCAGCUCCGGUCUGCGGUGACGACGACGACCUCUUCGACACGCUCUUCGCGGCGACGUCCUCGACUCGUUUCCAGAACCAGGAGGUCCAGGUUCCCAAGACACCACGUGCGCCCCGCGUCGCUUCAUUUGCCCCGAGGUCCCCGCCGAGGCUCAAGACUGGCAAGGACGACUUUGUCGAUCUCAUCCUCGACUCGCAGAACACCUCGCGUCUGCGCAACCAGGAGAUUUCAUCACCCUCCAUCGUCGUCUCCCCCGUUGCCUCGAGCCCUCCCGCUAGCCCCUCGCUCGCCACCUUCGGCUUCAGGCGCAAGGAGAAGAAGGAGAGCGCCCUGCGCCGUAUCGCCUCUCGUCCCGGUCGUCUGCUCCGCACCAUGUCCUCUGGCAAGCCCAACGCGGCCAACAUUGGCUACAUCUGCGAGCACCAGGAGAACCUGUGCACCACGCUCUGCAUCGUGUACGGUGCAAGCGACGUUGGCUUCGAGCUCGAUGUCGACAAUGCCUCGGACGCUACCCUUGUGUGCGACACGGACAGCGACUUCAAGCUGGCCAUCGGUCUUCCCUCGCCCGUUCCUCUCGGCCAGAAGAUCCCUCUCGCCGUCACGAACAACCACAUGGAGGCACGCAUUGCUGCUCUCCCCGGGCCUACACCGACGCUCGCGUACAACUCGGCCAUCACGCAUGCGCUCUCUGCCCCGUCGCUUAGGAGCCUGCACCCUCAGUCUCUGUGCUGCAACAACUGCGAGCGCGAGCUCGCCACCUUCCCCCUCGACAUCCAGUUCAAGGAUCUCCCCUCCGAGCACUGGGCUGAGAUGCUCGAGGUCUGGAUGUGCCACAGCGAUCCUGCCUUCACGGCUCAGAUCUCCCAGAAGGCCCGCGACGGCUUCUGGCCUGACGACAACACCGUCCUCGUCGGCGGCUCCUACCUCUUGGUCUCCGGCGAUCACGUCAAUGGCGUCAAGAAGGUCUCUGAGGACGACCAGUGGCACGUUGCCUCGUGUCAGUGUGGCGAAGAGAUCGGCAAGGUGCGCAAGGCCGGCACGCCUGGCGGUGGCACCGUCCGCUUCGCCAAGUGGGCUGUGGCCGUCCACGGGCGCGACGCGGGUUCUGUUCGCUACCCCGUCUCCAACUUCCUCGUCAGCGACAUGCUCGAGCUCGUCCAGGCGCACGGCAGCCACCGCUUUGUGAUUGAGGACAGCACCCACAAGGCGCGCCUCAUCGCGUGGGUGUUCAACCCCUCUGUCCGCAUCUCCUUCCGCCGCCCUGCUGCGAUCGAGAAGGGCCAGAGCGGCAAGAGCCAUAAACUCGGCAGCACCCUCGCCGCGCCCCAGGGACGCACCCUCCGCGCCGCCAAGAUCAUGUACAAGGUCGGCGAUAACACGGAGAACGCCGGCCAGUGCGAGCGCCUCACGUACCCCGCCGACGUGUGCGAUGCGCUCAUCGCCGCGCUCAAGGCGAGCACGGCGCUGUACCCCGAGCAGCGCAGGCGCAUGGGCGAGUGGGAGAUGGGCUUCCUCGAGCGCAUCUGA